AUGAAGUUCCUCCUCCUCCUCCCAGCUCUUCUCGGCCUCGCCGUCGCCCACCCAGCAGCUCCCGAGCUUGACCGUCGCGCCGAUCCCCAGAUUGCCCACUUCUAUUUCCAAGCCGCCGCUACCGGCUACAACCUGACUGUUCCCGCCGACGGGAACUGGUAUCCUACCAACAACGGUCUGAACAUCAACAUCAUCACCGCCCUUGACUUCACCGUCAACCAGUGCGAGUUCGCCACGCACCAGCAGGUCGCUUUCAACUACCAGCUGAGCGGUGACUCGUUCCCCAAGGAGCAGUUUGCUGUUGGUCCGCCGCAGCCGAUUGACUCGGUCAGGUGCCACGGUUAUUGUUUGGGGAUUUAUGAGGAUUGUGUCAAGAACGGACAAUACGUCGGCACCUGCUGCAACGGCUUCUGCGCGGCCAAUAAGUGCCGCCCGUAUGUCUACCCUCAGGAUAUCUCGGAGUAA